AUGGGACAGCUACACCACGACUACAUGGCUUGUAUGGACGCGGGGGUUAGGCGGAGAAUAACUUUGUUAGCCAAGGCAACUAAGAAAGAGUCUUGCGUUAUCUGUUUGGACGACGACAUUGAUUCUGAUCUCAUGUUUCUUGUUGGUAGAUGCGUUCAUCGGUUUUGCUUUAACUGUGUCAGAAAACAUAUACAAGUGACGCUUCUUGAUGGAAAGAUACCGGAUUGUCCUAAGCAUCGGUGCAAGACUAAGCUAUCUAUUGAUAGAUGUAACGAGCUUUUGACUCCAAAGCUGCUUUUGAUGUGGGAACAGAGGAUUGAAGAGGACUCACUUCCUUUAAGUGAGAGGGUUUAUUGUCCGUACAUAAGCUGCUAUUAUCUAAUGUCCAAAACCGAUCUUUCUUCAUCUGUUGAAUUUGGACUUAGGAGGUGCAUGAAAUGCCGUGGCUUCUUCUGCGUCGACUGCAAAGUUCCAUGGCAUAGUAGGCUAUUGUGCACCGAUUACAAGAAGUUGCAACCUGAUCCUCAAAAUGAUAAUAAUGAUGUAAAGCUAAAAUCUCUAGCAAAACUUAAAGGGUGGCGUCAAUGCAGCAAGUGCCAACACAUGGUUGAACGUACUUGCGGAUGCAAACACAUGACUUGCAAGUGUGGAAAUCAUUUUUGCUACGAGCUGAAUGGUACGGCUCGUCCCAUAUUAACUGCAUGA